GGUGUAGCAAUUCCCGGGUGCGGACGUGUUUAUCCGCAUUGCUGUUCAUGUAUUUCAUCUAGUAAUAGUCAUGUAGUUUUAAUACCUUGUGACCAGAGUCCACUACUUCUGAGAAGAAUGUCAGUGGAAAUGUAUCCCGUGGAGUCCUGUCCUGGGGAUGGCGAAUCGUGGCAGAAGGCUGGACUUGCAUUGAAAUGUUCAAAUGACAUCAUCGGCAGGAACCUUUACCAAUGUGCCCCUAAUGAAUAUAAGACAGAGUUGGUCGAGUUCUGCUUGAAGGGAUCCAUUGGAAGAUUUGAAGAAGGUUUAUGUGUGUACGCCUAUCCUAGUAGGCACUUAGGUGUGAAGAACUGCACGACGUUUGUGACAGGAUGUCCUGAAACGUCCUACAACAACAAUGAAAUAUACAACCACCCAGCAUGUUUAGAAAUCAAUCGUGAAACAGGUUGCUACUUAGCGGAUCCCACGUGUCCUCCUAUUAACAAGACACUAGUGACACGUCAUGGAAGUUCUGUGUCGUAUACGGAUGGAUUGGGGAACGUGACGUUAGCCACAACAAACUUCACAAAUCCUAGGAAUUCGAAUCCCCAGGACUCUGUCAAUGUGACUGCCGCGGUGGUAUCCUCGAUGUUGGUCACCGUAGUCGUGAUUGGAAUAAUUAUGUUUUUCUGGUGUAGAAGAAGGAUACGGGGGAGGACGAAUCAGGAGUAUAGGGAAGAUAUCACUAGCUGUUUGUGAAGUGUCAUCAUCUAGACCUACAAACAUGACACUAAGGGAACACAGCGAUGGGGGUUCUGUAUAGUGUUAAUAUUUACUCUGUAAGCAUAUACAUUCUCUGUAAGCAUCAACAUAUCCAAUAUAGGGAUGGAUAGAUACCCUCACCAAUUUUGCUGAAAUUUGGCAUAUAAUGAUUAUUUGACACCCUCUCAUUGAGGUACCGUUGCCAUGAUACCAAGAACACCUUGGACAUAGCUACCAAGAUGUUUAGAAAUGUUCGAUUUUGGCUUGUCUUUGAUUAAACAUAAAUAAAUUACUUUUACUG